UGUCUCAGUUCCAGUCACUUUUGGUUUCAUUUUCAUCAGAAGACUGAGAAACUGAACACGGUAAGUUUAGGGGCCGCGGGAGGGGCCGACCAUUUAACUCUUGAGGGUGGGGGUGGGUGAUUUUGAAAAAAUAUUUCCUGCAAGCGCUUGUGGGAAGAAAAAAAUUGCAUGCAGCACAAAUGUAAUAGAAAGCUUAUGGAAAAAAGGGAAAAAAUGUCCUGCCCACCAGAUUGCUAGAAAAAAAAAAAAUUAUUGAUGACCAGAAAUCACCCACCCCUCCCCUCAAGAGUUAAAUGGUCGGCCCCUUAUAAACUGUAAGCUGUCACUGACUGAUAGCGUUGGGUGCACAUAUAAUAAGUACAGCUUAUUUUCAAGACUUUAAAUUUACACUGGGAGAGGUUUGCAUGAAUCGCGUGACUGGUUUUAUUCAUGUUGUAAUAACUAUUAGUGAGUCACGCGUAAAAUAAAGCCACGCGAAUAAUUGUUUGGAAGCUUCGUUUGUGCAGUAACAACUUUGCUUAACUUUUCCUUCUCUUCUACCUUUCAGAGGAAAAGGUCUUGUUAUUGACGCGUAUUCAAUUUGGUUCAAUUCGGGUCGACUAACCAAAACAAGUGAGUAUAAAUCGAAAUUUUAA